AUGGCAGAAAAUCGUCUUUUUUUCUUCAUAAAUAUAUCUAUUAUUUUUCUUGUUAUAUUAUCAUCAUGUUCUACAUAUGGACUGUUUAGAAAUACAGCAGAUGCAGUACGUCCAAUAAAAUAUCAUGUAUUAAUUGAUCCUAGUCGAUAUGGAGAUCGAACGAAAGAAUAUCAUGAUACAUUGGCAAAAUUACGACUUUGGCGUCGAUAUAUUGAUGAAUUUGAUGAAGAUAACAAUACACAACAAGGUUAA